GCAACGUCAGCUGUGCUGUUGCUGAUCUAGAGGAAUCAAGUAUUUCCCCACCAAGGACAGCCUGUCUCUCUUCUGGCUGUUUCUCAGAGUUUUCAAUCGAUUGUCCUAUUCUUGAAAUUCAGCGUUCUUCUGAAAUCCACAGGGAAGAAUAUGAAAUUGUGGUCACAAUGCUUAAGCACCUGUGAGAGGCGAAGCAGAGGCUUCUUUGAAAAGCUCUGCAAAGGAAAAUGUCAACUGAACUAGGGACAAGCCUCAAAAGUAGUUAAAUACUUUCUUCUAACAAUGACAUAAUGUAAACAGAGGAAUGGGAUGCAUUUGGUAUAAUUUUAGAGGUAGUCUAGGCAGUACAAGCUGCACAAAAUUGUAUCAACAGGCUGGAAGCAAUAAGUUCAUUUCCCUCAAAUCACAGCUUUGGUUGAGAUGAUUUUUCUGGGCAGUUUUUCAACUUGGAUGGGAAUGAAAGCUUCCAAGGUGUGCCCCUUUGUAGCUCAAGUCCCCUCAAAGAUAACAAGCUGAUGCUGAUGUUUUCACUUUCUUCUCAGGGAAGCAGCGGCCUGAAGCUGUUCUUGUGUCUGGCAGUUGCGGGGCACGCUUGGAUCUCUGCUGCAGCUCUUCUGCUCCUGCUCAGAAAGUGAACAUAACCUUGUCUUCUCCAUGUCACCGACACGCACGUGACAAAGAGGGGGACCCAGAAGUUCUCGGGGCCCUGGCAGCGAGAGCAGCAGCAAAUGGUGUUGGGGAGUUUCUGGCGUUCCAGGUGCUGCAAGUCUUUGGCCCAACUGCUGGGAGACACUGGACCCUUGAUGAGCAUUGACUGCGCUUGUGGAGGGCCUGGCCACGUGGGCAUUCCUGGGAGGAGGAGGUUUUGCCCUGGAGUGAGUGCAGUGACCCCUAAAGUUGGAGAGGUGCUUGGGAUGACACAAGGAGACUUUGGAGAAACCAUUUUGCAGACUCACACUUGUGUUGAAAGCUCUGUGGCAGUGCUGAGUGUUGCAGAGUGGCUUGAAGGGCUUGCGAGAGCCGACCAGGGAAUGGAGGAAUCGGCUCCAGCGGGGUCCCUGGCAAAUGCUGGACGAGAACUGACACAGAAUUUCUUGGGACCCUGGCAGAGAGAGAGAGAAGCAGCAAAUGGUGUUGGGAGCGUUUCUGUACCCUGGAGUGAGUGCAGUAACCCUGAGGAUGGAGAAGGGUUUGGGAUGAGGCCAAGAGACCUGGGGAAACCAUUUUGCAGAAUGACACUUGUGUGGAAAGUUCCACAGCUCCUCUAUGGAUGUGCACUAUGGCUGAGGAGGGACAGGUAUGGAAGAAGGAGGAAAACAGCCCAGCCUUUCACAAGCUUUUCACAGUAUGCACUGGGGCUGGAGGCACUUCCCUUCUCUGCUUUGCAUGGAUUUUAUCCGCUCCCCUCCUCUCCCCCAGGUCAGAGUUCCCAGCACAUGGGGGCUGUUUGGCUCCCCCCGGCCUCAGCCCUCUGGCACGGGAGCAGUCUCCCUCUGUGGGUGCAAGAACACAUCCUGCACUUUCUGCAGUGUCCUUCUCUUGCCCCCUUGGAGCCGUUAGACCACGCUGCCGUGCGGAGCACAGGGAGAGUUUGGCGUGGUCGUGGCCAUGCCCGGUCCUGGCUGUGUUCUUGAGGAACCGUCUCUGCCACAAAGUCAGGGUGCUUCUGACGGUGUCCCCACCCUGGCUGUGGCCGCCUGAGCGUGCAGGUGCUGCCCUGAGAGGGCUCUGCCAGGGGUGCUGAGCCUGGGCUGGGUGGGGGCUCAUUGAAUCCGUGGACCCACCACGUGCCUCCCCAGGCCACGGCCCUGCGCUGUCCCCACCCCUGCCACGCACAAGGCAGCCAGCAAGGCCCUGCCCUCCUUUCACCCUGACUACUGCUCUCUGACCUUUUGCUUUGCCCUUAAUGUCUCACCCUGAACACUGACUUUCAAAGCUGAUAUUGGCAGUAACAGGCAGCCAGUUCAGUUCUGUGUUUAGGUGUAGUACAGAAACAGGAUCUUUCUCUUGUUGUGACGGGGCAGCGAUUGGAGGAUGUGGUAAAGAGACUGGAAUGCAAAGAGAAUUAAAAACAUGAAGAUGGGCUUAGUUUUGUGGCCAGAGCUCUACUCUGCGGUACCACAUUUCCUGAACUUGGCAAUGCCAUGCACCUGCCACAAGUACACACCAAGCGUGAACCACAGCCCCUGUGUAGGCCAAGCACCUGCACAGGUUGCACACGCUGAGCGCAUGCUGCGCACGGCCCCUGCCUUUCAUCCUGACCCUUGCCCUGUGACCUUUUCCUAUGAUUUUCCGAUUUCUGGUGACCAGUGGGUUUUCCCACAGUGGUCACCGGAUUGCGUGAUCCCGCCCGUGUUUUCCUGAGGGUGGGCUACCUUCAGUCCACUCCGCAUUUUCCCACGUACCAGACUGUGUGUGCAAUCAACUGUGUUUUCCCAAUUCCUGAGUCCACGUGCUCGCAUCCACGUUUUCCUAGUUCUGUAUAAUGCACCAUCCAGUCCGUGUUUUCCCACGUUUAGACUGCCUGAGUGCU